AUGGGUUCUGAGAUCACCAUAGCAGGCUGGCUGGCGGCAUUACUCAAAGCUAGCACGGCCAAGUUGGCCGCCGACCAGCACCUGCAGGACAAGGCUGUCGAGCAAAAUUUGAAGAAGCUGCAGUUUAAUCUCGACAAGAUAAUCACGGCCUCCCAACUCGACCGGAAGCAGAUCGGCAGCCACAGCAUCAAAGACUGGUUCUCCAGCUUCAAGGAUGCCAUCUACGCCGCUGACGACGUGAUCGAAGAAUUCGUUCAACAACUGGAGAAGCACAAGAAGCAGAGUAGCACGUCGUCGACUCUAAGGAAGUCCGCUAACUUCGUCUCCAAGAUGAUCCAAGGGGGCCUAUUCAACGGGGACGACAUGAAGCAGUUGGACGAGGUCACCAAAACCUUCGACGACGUUGUCAGUGACAUCUUCGGGCUCCUCAAGGUGGUGCAACAGCUGGAAGGAUCUGGCGGGACGAAGCAGCAGGAGAUCAUCCCCAGUUGGCGGCUGACCACCUCCCCUUACAAGGGAAGGACGACGACGAUCGGACGCACCAGCGAAGGAAAGAAGAUGCUGGAGGCGCUGCUCGAGGAGGGAGGCGGAUCUACUUCAAACUUCUGCAAUUUCUCUGUUGUCUGCGUCGUCGGAACCGGCGGCAUCGGGAAGACAGAUCUUGCUCGAUUUGCUUAUAACAACGAGAAGGUGCGCCGUCACUUUGAUCUUAAAGCGUGGGUCGCCGUCUGCAACAAUUUUGACGAGAAGAGGCUCACGAUCGAGAUAAUCGAGUCAGCCUCCGUCGAGCGGCCCAGUGAUCUUCACAGCAUCACCAGUUUGGAACCGAUCCAGAACACUCUCGCCAAAGGGAUGAAGGACAAAAGGUUUUUGAUCGUGUUGGACGAUGUGUGGGAGGACUCCAACGCUUCUUGGGAGCACCUUACCACCCCAUUUACUCAUGGCAAAGAAGGGAGCAGAAUCAUAGUGACCACCCAGCUUGAAAGUGUAGCCAAGUCGACGAAAGCCAAAGAGACGAUACAUCUUGAUGGCCUGGAGGAGCAAGAGUACUUGGCACUGUUCAAAAAAUGUGCAUUUGGCGACAAAGAUAAAGUCCAUCAACCAACUCUAGAAAGUAUUUGCACAGAAAUAGCUAAAAAAUAUGAUGGCUCUCCCUUGGCAGCAGUGUCGAUCGGCCUCGAAUUAAGAUCGGAUCCAACUGAAGAGCAUUGGAGGCGAGUUGCGCGGAACAAGUUGGGCGUAAUUGAACGAAGAGAAGGCGACAUUGUGUCAGUGCUGGGAUUUUCUUACGAGCAACUGCCUGCGCGCCUGAAGCAAUGCUAUCUCGCUUGCGCUCUGUUUCCCAAGAAGCAUCUCUUUUACAAGAAUCAAUUGAUUCGAAUUUGGACGGCUUUAAGGUUCGUUUCUGCUGAUGGCAAUGGCGGGAAUCCUGUUGAUGAGCUCGCAAGCAAGUCAUUUUUUGUGAAUUCUAUUUCUAAGAGAGAGGAUGGCCAGUUUAUGCUCCACGCCGUGCUGCACGAACUCGCGGACCUCCUCUGCGAUGGUGAAUUCUUCCGGGUCGAGGACGAAGCCGGAGGCCAGGAAAUCAAAAUACCGCAGAAGGCUCGCCAUGUCUAUGUUAGCAAGGCUGACAACUUCGUCAGGGUUUCUGAAGCUCUGGCUGAGAAGGAACAGCUGCGCAGCCUUGUGAUUGACGGCAGUGUGCCCUCGGAUGCCACCCUCAGGGCAAACUUCAUGGUUUCAUUGGAAACGGUGUUGAAAAAAUGCAAGUUCUUGCGGUUGUUAAUGCUUCCAGAGAAAUUUCCAUUGGAGUCUCUUGUAGCUAUUGGUCGUUUAAGUCGUCUUCGCUGCCUGGACUUCCAUGGCAUUCAGAGAAAAGCGUUGCCCCAGUAUCUCGAGUCGUUGAAUCUUCUACAAUGGCCGGAUCUGAAGCAGCGGCCCGUGGCUUCGAAUUUAACCAAAGGGGGGUCGAGAAUUUGGAAGCAGCACUCUGCAGGUUCAGAAAAGGAUGCAACCUCUAGCGCAAGUGGUCCCGUAAGAUCGACUUCCAACUCAUCGCCAAAUUUGCCUUCUCCCUAA